AUGAAUAUAAAUAAUAUAAAUAAUAGUAGUAAUAGUAGUGUUGGUAAUAACAACAAUAAUAGUAAUAAUAAUAUUAAUAUUAAUAUUAAUAACAAUAAUAAUAAUAAUAUUAACAACAACAACAACAACAACAACAACAACAACAAUAGUAAUAGAUACUCAACAGUAGAGGAUUUACAAAGUUUCAAUAUUGAAGAGUUACUAUCAGCUCCAGAUACAAACUUUAUAUUAAUAAAAAGCCAAUCAUACUCAAGUACCAGCCCAGAAACUGUUGAAGAAAGUAUUGUUAAAAAUGGUUUACCAUUUGUUUUAUCAGAUACAACCCAUGGAUGGAGCAGAAACCAAAUGUUUUCAAUUGAUUUCUUAGCAGAAAGAUAUUCAGGUUUAGAAUUAAUUAAUUCACCAAGAAAUAUUGAAAUUCAAAAAGAUUUACAAGGAUGGAGAAUGAGAGAUUUUAUCUCUUAUUUACAAGUUUCACCAGAAGAAAGAAACCCAAAAUAUCUUUAUGGUAAAAAUAUGACAUGUCCACGUGAAUGGCAAGAUUAUCUUUCACAUAAACUCCAACCUCAAUACUCAUAUAAAAGUAGAUUUGACUUGGUAUCACAUUUACCAAACUACUUGCAACCAGAUACUCUAAUGUCUUAUAUUGGAGGGGGUGGUACCUAUACUCCUGGUCAUGUCGAUUUAUGUGGUAGUUUAGGUCAAAAUUUAAUGGUCGCUGCCGAAGGCGAUUCUUUUGCCUACUGGUUUAUUGUGCCAUCACGUUAUAGAGAAACUGCAAUUAAAUUUUGGAAUGAUAGAGGUGGUGAUAUCUAUUCUGGAGAUUCUCAUUUUAUAAACCCAAUCGAAUUACUUGGUGCACCAUUCCCAGUUUAUGUAUAUAGGCAACGUAUUGGCGAUUUUGUUUUCAUUCCACCCGAUUCACUUCAUCAAGUUAUGAAUUUUGGCGGUACAUCCAUUAAACUUGCCUGGAAUAGUAUCUCUUUAAAAUCGUUACCAAUCUCUUAUUAUUCAUCCUUACCAAUUUCAAAGAAACUUGCCAAACCAGAAAUGUUUCGUAUUAAAGCUGUUGCUUAUUAUACUCUCAGAAAAAUUAUGGGCGAUGUCGAAAAUACAAAUUUCAGUACAAUUGAUGUCAAUGAUGUCAUUGAUAUUAUUUCGCCUCUAUUGGAAAUCUUUCAUAAUAUACUUCAAGUCGAAUCUAUUUUAAUUCCAAAACCAAAUUAUCCAUAUUGUAAUGGAGAAACUAUUCCAUUCCUUCAACCAUUUAAAUACUUUGGAGGUGAACGUAUUCAAGAUCGUAGAUGCGAGCAUUGCCACUCUGACAUUUUCAAUAGAUGCUACCAUUGUGAUCAAUGCAAAACUGAUGAUGGUCAUGGUAAAGAUUUUUGUUUCGAUUGUGUUUCAAUGGGUGUUGGAUGUGAAUUCCACUUUAAAGAGAUGGUGUUAAAAGAGUUUAUAUCUCAUAGCAAAUUAAAGAAAGAGUUAUCAAACUUUUACGAUAUCUAUAAGAACCUUUUGUUACACAGCGGUCGUCGUCAAAGAGAUGUAGAUGAAUUUAUUGCCAAAACCUCAGAGCUUGUAGUCGAAGAAUGUGGUUUCCUCACCACUGCAACCGUAGCUUAUCAUGUGGUUUAUUACUCAUCACAAAAGAAAAUUAAAUGCCAUAGAUGUGAAAGAAGAUAUAAAAAGUUCUCGGUAGUAUUUUGUACAAAUUGUAGUUCUCGUUUCUGUGAACAAUGUGUUAUUGGUUUCAAAGAUGCAUUUACAUCAAUUAUGAAAAGAAGUGAAUGGAACUGUUAUAGUUGUCAAGGUCGUUGUGAUUGUACAGCUUGUAAGAAUAAUGAAGAUAAUAGAAAUUUUUUAAAUAAUGACCAAGACUAUAACAGUAAAAAUAAUAACACCCUUAGUAAAUAUAAUAAUAAUCACCAUCAACAUUCACCACAUCACCAACAACAAUCAUCACAUAAUGAUAUGGAUGGACCAUUUAAAAAGAACUCUCCAAACUUGCAAUCACUUUCAGCUUUACCAUCACUUUCAUCAAUUUCAUCAUCUCUCAAUAACAAUGGCAACUAUAAUAACUAUAAUAAUAAUAAUAAUCCAAAUAUAAAUAUGAAUAUAAACAAUAAUAUGAAUGAAUAUCGUGAUCGUUCAUCAUCAUCAACCUCAUCAUCAUCAGCCACCACAUCAACUCUAACAACACUUUCAACAACAUUAUCCUCGUCGGCACCCACCUCAUCAACUAAACCAAUGGAUAUCCACUCAAAGAAAAGACCAAUUGUUUUAGAUAAUGAUAAGCCAAAAGGUAGACCACCAAAGAAUUUGAAAGAAUGGACAUCUACACAUAAAUUUAUUAUCUCUCUUGUCGAAUUAAAUCGUUCAAACUCUGUACUUGGUAAAAACAAUCCAAACUAUAAACGUUUUGAAGAUCUCCCAACAUUAGUUCAAUUAUAUUUAACAAAAAGACGUGCCUUUGGUGGUGUUUUAUGGGCCAAAACAAAUAGUUGCCCAUUAUUACCAUGUCUCUGGGUUAAAGAUCUUUCUAUUAUUCCACCCAACUUUAAAUUACUCCCAUCAUUAGUUCAAGGAAAGAAAAUUGUAGUCUUAUUCUUUGGUUGCAACAUUGAAGAUGAAGAAUCAAUUGGUAUGGUUGGUAAAAAAUCAAUUUUCAGCUUUGAUGAAGUUAAUCAAACUCUUUUACUCAAAUGUAAUGAAGUUCCAUUAAAACAAUUGGAGGAUUUGUUUAAUACAGUCGAACCGGAUAUUGCAACCAAAAAAGAUAUCUCGACAUUUAAUUAUAAAACUCAAAUGGAGGAAAAAGAAGAUGGACUUUAUGUAAAACAAGAAUUAUAUAAUAAUAAUAUGAAUAUGAAUAUGAAUAUGAACAAUAUAAAUAAUAUAAACAACAAUAAUAAUAUAAACAAUAAUAGUAAUAAUAAAUAUGAUUAA